UGUCUGUGGGCGUGCGACACCGACCCACGGGCGAGCUGGUGGGCGUGAGAAUCAGCUUUAUAAAAUCACGGGUGGGAUCUUCGCCGGCCACUCAACCAGCGAAUGAACUGGCAGCGUUGUACCGCGUUUACGACGAAGUCAUGAAGGCAGUUGAUGUCUUUGAGGACCAAGACGUGGACAAAGUGUUAUCUAUGUAUAUGGUUGGCGUUCAUAGAGACUUCGGAGGCCGUGGUCUUGGCAGGAAACUAGUGGAGUUCUGUAUGAAGGUAGGGGUAGAAAACGGAUGCCAGUUAUCUGUAACGUGCAUCACCAACAAGCUGUCAGGAAAGAUCUUCGAAAAGCUAGGUUACGAGGUGCGUCACUGCCUUGACCUGACCUCCCUCGGGCCGGACUGGGGCGUCGACACCUCGCUCAUGAACGGGAAUACCACCGUCAGGGUCAUGACCAAGCGGCUGCCAUGAAGAAGAAGAAGAACGGAAGUGUUGUCAACAUCCCAGCAACACUUUAAAUCGUCAGAAGAUUUUGAUGUUUCUUCUGUUAUGAUUACAUCGUUCUUUUAAC